AACCGUCGGAUAAAAAAUGAAGACUAUUUUGAAGUUCUUAUAUCCCGUCGUGGUAUUUCUGAUUGUGUUCAUGCUCACAUAUGUCCUUUUCUAUCGAAUGGCUAAAAAGUAUCAAAUUGUUCCUAAAAGUGAACCUAAGAAGACGGAUCUCGGCCUCGACUAUGAGACUGAAGAAGACAUCGAGGAAAUAGAAAUGCCUUCCUUUGAUAUCGAUUUGAAAUUAGUUAAAGCUGUAGAUAAGCUUCAACAACACCAGACUCCUGAUAUUGGACCAGUAAACUUAGAAAAAUUUAACUAUAUGCUAAAUCCGAGAGGUGCCUGUGAUGGAUUUCAGAAGGAGACCAAUGCUUCGUGUGUUCUCGUGUUGGUGAAAAGCGCCCCGGAUCACGCGCGCCUUAGGCAGUGGUUGAGAGUACUGAUGAAUGAUACCAUAGGCAAGUACGGCAAAAAUCUGCGAUUGCUUUUCUUGUUAGGAUUUUCCAAGAAGAAUAACAGGGAUAUUUAUCAAGAGGGCAUCAAAUACGGCGAUAUAAUUCAGAGAGAUUUCAUUGAUACGUACAGAAAUCUGACAUUCAAAACUAAAAUGGGCUACGAAUGGGCAUCGUCCUUUUGUAAGUCUGCCAGCUUUAUUGUAUUCCAAGAUGACGAUUUCUUCAUCAAUGUCAAGAACGUGUUCGACUUCCUUUCUCGGCAGUAUAAACCUGAUGACUUGUUUAUAGGAUAUCUGGUCCCCGCAGGGGCGUCAGUUGUCAGAGAACGAGCCAGUAAAUGGUUCGUGUCCAACAUUGUGUUUUCUAGUGAUGCUUUUCCUCCAUAUUUUCCUGGUGGUAGUUACUUUGUUAGUUCGAGAAUAGCAAAGAGAUUGACUCUGGCUUUCCCGUACGUACAGGAUAUUCCUGUUGAUGACGUAUACUUAGGACUCGUGGCAUCAAAACUGGGCAUUCCUCUAAAACAUUCUUCUCUCUUUGAUUUUGCAAACUGUCAAAAUUGGAAUAAAUGUUUGGCAUGUAAAGCCUUUAUAUAAAACAUGAUGAUUGUUUUAUGAUUUCGUAUUCCAUUCAU